AUGUCGGAAGAAGAAAUCAAAUCACUCGAAACUUCAUUGGUUGCCCUUGCCGGAUGUGAACUCCUCAUGGAUCAAGCGGAAAAGGAGGCAGAAAUCUUUAGAAUUAAGAAAACUCAAGGAAUUUAUGAAAAACGUCGUGAAAUCUUAAACAAAAUUCCAACUUUUUGGUACAUUGUGUUGGCUGAAAAUGAUGACUUUGCUGAAUAUAUCCAAUCUGAUGACUUGAAGUAUUUGGAAUGUAUUACAGACAUCUACGUUCUGUAUGCCGCUGCUAAUGAUGAAUCGGCCAACCCACGUGAUUUCUCAAUCACCAUCGCAUUUGAUGGAGGGGAAGACAAACUUAUUGCUACCCAAACCGUCACUAAAAGUUUCCAAACUGUAGUUGUAGAUGGGGAAGAGAAAUUGACCUCUCAAGAGGUUUCCAUCCAAUGGCCCUCACAAUUGGAACCUACAAACCCUUCUGCCAUUAAAAAAAGAUGUAAGGAAAGCGGCAAGGAAAUGACUGCUGAUGAUAAGAAAAAGUAUCGAUUAGGAAUGAAAUCAUUCUUUGCUUAUCUUUCCUGGACUGGGGAAAAACCCGGUAAGGAGUUCAGACACGGUGAAGACUUGACAAGAUUGAUUGUAGACAAUUUAUUCCCAUACGCUGUCAAGUACUACAGUGAAGCAUUACCUGGGGAUGAAGACGACGACGAAGAUGAAGAAGAUUCAUCUGAAGGUGAAGCCUUGGAUCUUAGUGAUGAUGAAGAUGAGCCCGAGGCAAAGAGACAAAAGAAAUGA